AUGGUGGUGUCCGGGAAGGCUGUGUGUGUGGCGACCUUGGUGGUGUGGUGUGCGGCGUCCCUACAGGUGCAUGGAGGAAAAAUCACAUUCCCGGGAGAGGUGGAGGUGAGGGAGGGGGCGAGGGAACUAGAGGAGGAAGCGGAGGAGAGGAGAGAAGUGGAGGAGGGACUGGAGGGAGAGGCGGCAGCAAGGGGUCUUUGGGAGAGUGAUUUGUUCUUCCUCCAGAAAUUAUCGGGGUUGUUUGGAGGAGACGAGAAGGACGUGAGGAGAAAAGGAGGGGGAUUAGGAGGAGGUGGAGGAGGAGGAGGAGGAGGAUUAGGAGGAAGGCCCCCUCGUCCCUUCCGCCGAAAGGUCCCUCCUCCCUCCCCUCACCUCCGGCCAGAGCUUCUCCCUCCGCAAAUUCAAACUAACAGGAGAAAUGGAGGAGGGAAACGACCACCAGCAUUCCGCCCUCCUCGCCCUCCUCGCCCUCCUCCUCCACCUCCUCCCCCUCCUCCACCUCCACCGCCCUCCUCCCUCCUCCCACCAAACGAAGGCGGACUCAGACCCCCUCCCCCUAACCACAUCACCCCAGGGUUCGCCGGUCCACCCCGUCCAACCCCGCCAGGAAUUCCAGGGGUCGAUUUAAAGUUCCCUGUGGCACAAACUUCCCAUCAACCCCACACCAAACCCCAGAAAAACCCUAACGUGCUGUUCUUCCCCCCGAAAAAGGACGCUUUCCCGCAACACUCCCACCUGCAGCAUGUGUCCCUGCCCGCCAUCCAGCCGCCCCCAACCUUCCCCUACAACUUCAUCAGGCCAGGCGGCGCCACACAAACCAACCACAUCAGCGCCCCGCCGCCACUGCACCAGGCGCCGCACUUCAACACACAAGGGACUCAGGUUAGCCCCCCACCCGUCCCGCUGAGGCUCCCCACUAGACCCCACCUGAAGCCAUCCAAGCCCCUGCUGCCCCUACCCCCCAGCCAAGGCGCCGGUCAGACCGCAGGACGGCCACACCAACACCUGAAGACAAGUAAACCAAAGAAACCUGGUCUGUUGGGGAGCCCUGCGUCCUUCCCCACGUCACAGCUACAGCAAGGCCCACAGAAGCGACUCCCACAGCAAGGGCAGCCACCGCAGCACAACAGGCCGCGCCCACAGCCACAGCGGGUCUUUAUACCACCUCAGAAAGUCAUCCACAAGAAAGAGGUGACGUCAGGGAAUAUUGGAAGGCCGCCGCACGUCAAUAUUCCCUUCAACCCAAGCCCGCAGGAGGGGAAGAGUGAUUCUGACGCCUUCCAGCCAGUGUUUGUGGCCUCCCCCUUCCUGGACGAUCUAGGGGAAGACGUGAUGAAGCCGAUGGUGUUGAAGGAAGGACGUGACUUCACCACAACGCCACCCACCACACCUCGCCAGCCGGUUCUCGAGGACUUCUUCUGAGUGUGUGUGUGUGUGUGUGUGUGUGUGUGUGUGUGUGUGUGUGUGUGUGUGUGUGUGUGUGUAUGUGUGUGUGUGUGUGUGUGUGUUCACCUCGGUCGCCUGCUGGUCACCCAGCCAGUCGGA